AUGAGAGUCGAACGCGGAUCACGGCUCUCGAGGUCGGCAGUGCUGGUCGCAGCGUGGGCUGCGUGCCUCGUGACCGCCGUCGCGCUCCACUCGCCGCUCUCUCAGGUGCCCUUGCUCGCGUGCCCCGUUGCCCGCGUGCCACUCUCGCUGCUCCCAUGCGUGCCGUCCUGCGCCUGGCAGCCCGCGGAGGGCGCGGAGCAAACGGAUGGGGAAGCACACUGGCGGAGAGCAGAGGGCGUGCAACAAUGGGUUGGGGGGAGGGGCGACGGGUGGAGAAUUGGGGAAGGGGCGGCGAGUGGGGAGGAGGGUGGAGCGGGAGGAGUGAGGGGCGCGGGGGUGAAGCGAGGAGAGGCGGAGGCAGAGGGGGAACUCCGUGCAGGCAGGCGGCUGUUGGCUGCUGUGAUAGGGGGCAAGGGGGAUGAGGGGGGCGAGGGGGGUGAUGGGGGGAAGGGGGGUGCGGGGGAUGAGGGGGAACUGGAGCAGGCGGAGGGCAAGGGGAGUGAGGGUAGGAGCGAGGGAGAGAGAGCAGUGGGGGAGAAGGAAGGGGGGGGCUUGGGUGAUGAUGGCAAUGCAGCUGCGCCACAGGGCGCGGAUGAGCCAGAGGGCGCGGAUGAGCCACAGGGCGCGGAUGGGUCACAGGGCGCGGAUGAGCCAGAGGGCGCGGAUGGGUCACAGGGCGCGGAUGAGCCAGAGGGCGCGGAUGGGUCACAGGGCGCGGAUGAGCCAGAGGGCGCGGAUGGGUCACAGGGCGCGGAUGAGCCAGAGGGCGCGGAUGGGUCACAGGGCGCAGAUGGGUCACAUGGCGCAGAUGGGUCACAUGGCGCAGAUGGGUCACAUGGCGCAGAUGGGUCACAUGUCGCAGAUGGGUCACAUGUCGCAGAUGGGUCACAUGGCAUGGGGCCAUAUUCGGCGGAGGAGGGCGGGGCAGACGGGUCGGAGGAGGAGGAGGGAGAGGGUAUGGAAGGCGAUGAGGCAGGUGGUGCGUGGGAGGAGGGGGAGGGCGCGGCAGGGUCGGAGGGCAACACAGGGGGGUUUGGGUGGAGGGAGGCUAAGGAGAGUGUGGAGGUAGCAGCAGCAUUGGGGGAAGCAGAGGGUGCAGGCAGCGAUGAAGACGUGUUGUUUGACAUCCCUCCUGCUCCUGCUGCUCCUGCUGCUGCUGCUGCUGCUGCUGCUGCUGCUGCUGUCCCUGAUGAUGGCGCGGCGCAGCAGGGUGAGAUGGGAGGGGAUGACACCGUCCCUCCUCCUCCUCUCCUUCCUCUAUCUCCCCCCUUCCCUUCCUUACCCUGUCACGCACCUGCGCUGCCCCCUCGCACGCCCGUUCUCACCGUGCCACCCUCACCCCGCCUGUCCACCGUCGGUCGCAUCACGCACGGCACGGGCCCUUCCCUCCGGCAGGUGGCAGCCAAGCCGGCCCACCUGUGGCGGGUGGGGGUGUGCCUCGUGGGCGGGGCGCGCGACUUCGAGCUCACGGGCCCGUCCAUCGUGCAGCGCCUGCUGCUGCCGCUGCUGCCGCACCGCCCCGUGCUCUUCGUGCACGCGCCCCUUGACCGCGCCUCCUUCAAGCUCUGGCCGCUGCUCUGGGCUGCGCGGCGCGGCGUGGCCGUGGGGGCGGUGCGCGUGUUCCCCAGCACGUGGGUGAAUGAGAGCGCCCUGCCGCCGGGGGUGGUGGAGGACCCUUCCUCGCCACACGGCACUCAGGGCAUGCUGCAGUACUUCCGUCUCGUGGAGGGGUGCAUCCCCCUCAUGCGCGCCUACGAGCGCCGCCACGCCAUCACCUUCGACUGGCUGCUGCGCACGCGAGUCGACACCUUCUGGCACCGCCCCCUGCCGCCGCUCUCCGCCUUCCCCCUGCACGCCUACACCAUCCCCUUCGGCUCCGACUGCUUCGGCCUGAAUGACCGCUUUGGCCUCGGCACGUGGCACACCGCCCUGCCCGCGCUCUCGCGCCUCUCCAUGCUGCCUGCCAUUGCUGCGGGCGGCGCGUUUCGGCAGUUUUCUAUGCAGGGCGUGGGCGGGCUGGGGCAGGAGGCGAGCAACUCGCAUGCCAUCCCCGUGGAGGUACCAACAGGGCUGAACUCAGAGCAGGCGUUCAAGGCGCAGCUGGCACUGGCAGGGGUGCCAGUAGCACGGGCGGACCUGGCGUUCUGUGUGGUGAGCCGGCGAGUGUACCGGCACCACGCCAUGCCCGUGCUCUCGCUCAACACGUCCACGCCCCUCAACGGCGCCAAGUGCCGGCCCUGCUACCCCAAGAUCAAAGGUGCCGAGGCCAAUCUGCGCAUCCGGCGGUGGUACCUGGAGGGCUCGCGCUUCGGUCCGCACCGCUCGCCCUCAUUCGCCAACCGCACCGACUUUGCGCUGUGCGACGCCGCCAAGCCGUGGCCCGCCCCCCACGUGGCGGCCGCCCUGUUUGACGCCGCUGCCGGGCCACGGCUGGCGAGGGAGCGCCACUCCAUCAUGCAUGUCACCCUGCGCGGCUGCGCACGCAACUUCAGGAAGCUGCGGCGGCAUGCGGAGGAGUGGCAGGCGCCAGCAGAGGCGGUGCUGUGCUUCCGGUCGCAGCUGGGGGAGGUGCAGCUGCUGGGGCCGCCUGGCCAGUGCUUCUACACCGCGCUGCACGGGGUCAACCGCACCAGCCUGGUCAUGACAACCACACCGGGAGCCGCACAUGCGAAGGGCUCGUGGGAGUGGAGCAUGCGGCGCCAUGCGCCUGGCCUCCACAUCUCUGCUCUCCCUGCUGCCGUCACACAUGCCUCCUCCACCGCCCACACACUCAAGCUGUCACUCACAGGCGCUGACCUGCCACUCAUCUUCGACUGGCAGAAGCAAAACGCCUCACUGCCCACCUGCCAGCUGCUGCUUGCCUUCCCAGAUGCGGUGGCCCCACUGGACCGCAACGCCACCAUCACUGCCCUGCACCACCUCGGAUUCCACCUCAUGGCGUGCAUUCAAGAACCGCGUGUCACGGUCGAGAGAUGCUCCUUCUUCUCCGUGAAAUACUGCUCGCAGCUCUUAGAUCCAGUAGGUGGCGGGCACCUCCACGAGGAAGCUGGAGGCCGCCAGCAGCGCCGCCAGGGCGCCCAGCAGCAGCGACGGCACGUGGAACGUGGCCAGCAGCGCCAGCAGCACACGCAGCACCACUGCCUCCUGUGCACGGCACCUGGUGGGGGCGAGAGUACGUAG